GCGGCGGGGGCGCCUUACGGCAUGAAGCCGCUGUGCGGUGAGGGCAGCCGGGCAGGCGGGUUCCGAGUGCUCCAGGGGCUCCCAAUGCAGAAAAUCAACAGGAACGCGGUGCUGGCGCUCCUGUCGCUGGCCAGCCUCGUGUUCCUGCUCUUCCAGCUCUGCUACUACAAGUUCUACCUGUCGCAGAAGAAUGGAGCAGCUUUUUCCAAAGUCAGAGGAAGCCAGUCAGGCCAGGACAGCACUAGAUGGCACGUUGUUAGGAAGUUCCUAGGCUUAAUAUCCAGCCAUAAUAUUCCAGUGUAUUUGAUUGAUCCUUUGAUUCUGGGACUGGUUGAUAAAGACAUUGAGCAGAUCAGAAGCUCUCCUGAUGGCCCCAGUCCAGAAUGCAAGUAUUUCUGUGCUUCAAGAGACUUCACUACAUUUGCACUACUGGACAAAACAUGGAAACAUGAAGUGGGUCUUUUUAGAACUGCUGAGAAAAUGGGGUUCCAGUGGCUAAAGAUUAUAAACAAGGACCCCCGCUUGGAUGGGAUGGAUGACCUGUCUGGAAUGGAAAUUCCCUUGCACUACAUAUUCAAGCUUGCAUCUCAUGCCAUUCACCUGGUGGUCUUCUAUGAGAGAAGUGGAAAUUACCUGUGGCACGGACCCCUGAGGCUCAAGCAGCACAUGGACAGAAAGUUUGUACCUUUCCGGAAACUCCACUUUGGUCGCUACCCUGGAGCGUAUGAGAAACCAGAACUUCUGCAUGUUUUCAUUGACGACUUAAAAGUUCAAAUCCCAAAAAAUCCGUCCAGUUUUCUAGAGGAGAUGUCACACUCUAGAUUCCUUGAAUGUAGGUACAGAGAAGCUCGGGCUUUCUUACAGUUGUAUCCCGAUGAUGCCUCUCUUGAUGCAGUGGAAUUCAGAAUAAAAGCAAAAUCCUUGCUUCACCUGGCUGCCCUGACACUCAAUAACUUGGGAGUAAAGUUCUGGCUGAGCAGUGGAACAUGCCUUGGCUGGUAUAGACAGUGCAAUAUCAUUCCUCACAGCAAAGAUGUGGAUUUGGGAAUCUUUAUAAGGGACUACAAAGCAGAAAUCAUUCCAGCCUUUCAGAAGGCAGGAUUGCCACUGAAGCACAAAUUUGGCAAGGUGGAAGACAGCUUGGAACUCUCUUUCCAGGGAGAAGAGGAUGUGAAACUUGAUGUUUUUUUCUUCUAUGAAGAGGAGGACCACAUAUGGAAUGGAGGAACUCAGGCCAAAUCGGGCAAGAAAUUUAAGUAUUUCUUUCCAAAGUUCACUCUGUGCUGGACUGAGUUUGUAGAACUCAAGGUACAUGUGCCCUGUGAAACCCUUCAGUAUGUUGAAGCCAACUAUGGCCCAGACUGGAAGGUUCCUAUGAAGGUGUGGGACUGGAAGAGCUCCCCAUCCAACGUGCAGGACAAUGGUGUCUGGCCUGUCGACGAGUGGGAUGAUGUUAUCCAGAUCUACUGACCCCUGACUGCUGUCAGAACAUGCCUGCUGCCCUCAGAACUGUCCACUUGUGAUUGAUUCCCUGUUGCCCAAAGGCAUCAACAUCCGUUCCUUUUGUAACUUCUCAUGUGUUUCCUAAGGAGACAUUUACCUUCUUUUUGCUUAACAGGUAUUUUUUCACCUUCACCAUGCAUUUUCCAGGUGGUUAAAGGAGAAGAUGAAAGGCAGAUGAAGAGAAGGGAAGCUGAAAGAAGAGCUGCACAAAGGAAAUAGAGAAGAAAUGUUAUAGUAUACAGGCAGUUGAUUGUUUUAAGUGUAGGUGGCCAGGUGGAUUAGACUUUCCUGGGAUCAUCAAAACCUUCAGAUAGUUCACUUCUCAAACUUCAGAGAGGGUUAAGAUGGAAAAAUCUCAGGUAAGCCCCUCUUUUUUCAAAGGAGAUCCUGUGAAUAUUCAUCUUCUAAACACUAGAGUUACAAGUACCUCAGAUGUCCUUGAUUUGAGACUGACACAUUCCUACAAUAUGCAACAAGUUGCUCUUGGGAGUGGAGUGUUUCUGUUGCAUAGAAUCCGCAUGGCCAACCUGCUUUACAUGUAGGAGAUAACGGUGUAAUACUAAAUGAAUGGAUGGAGAAACUAUCCACAUUGGAUGUCUUCCAAUCUGCUUUUUUCUUUUUUAAGAACAUGAAGUUGCAUGCUGCUGGGAUGUAUUUCCCAUGAAAAGAAUAAAAUUCUGGUUUUGACAUCUCAGUUCCUAUGUUCUCCCUGUGAAAGUUUUGACUGGGUUUCAGAAAAUUAGAGCUAUCCCUAUCUACUUUCUUGCAAGUAGAUGGAAAUGGGGGUUGUUUAUAGUUUCUUGUUCACAUGGGCUUACAGAACAGAGGCCUCUGAGCACUGCAGAUCUUCCCUCUCAGCAUCAGCAGGACUGUGUACAAGUACCAACUGCUUCAUCAAAUUUGCAGCAGCAUAAUUGAAAGUGAAGUGUCAGUGCAACAUGAGGCUUUGGAUGGGAAGAAAGUAGAAGCCUGACAGCUCUCUCCUGCUUCUGAUUGUGCUUUUCCUUAAUGAAGUGAGCUUUCUUCAGCAAUUUGGAGGAGGAUAUUCACUUUUAAAGGAGUAUGUGUCCAAGUUUGUUCCAGUGCUGCUGUGCAGGGGACAACAAGGGCACUAGAGCUGCUUGUGAGUUACAACUACAGUACAUGCUACAGACCCAGGAGUACUGGUGAAUCAGUGCCAAGGCACUGGAUGGCACUCAUGUUUACUUGCAGCAAACCUGUAUCUGUUCAUCUGCAGUUUCUAGCAGUGUCCAAAGUGUGUCCAGUUCUGGAGAGGUGGCAUAGCCACAGCCCUGUGACAGUUUUACUGCUGCAUUAUUCCAGGUGCACUCUGGGGCUUCCCUGCUGUUGUCCUGGAGUGUGCUGCAUGCUUUUUCCUGCCAGUCCCUUCAGUUCCAGUUUCUUCUGCCACUGGAGCUCCCAGAGUGAAUUAUCUAUCAGCUUCUGGCAGCGACUUGUUAUGAUUGAUGGCUCUUCAGUUGGUAUGGUAACUUUGUUAGCUUUGCCUAAUUAAGAAGAGAGAGAUGUGAAAUCCUGCUAACUUGGUAAACAUUACAUCGUAUAAGGGAUAAUUUCUCAGGUAGAAUUUUCUGUAUUUUUUCCUUUAAGUGAAAAAAGCUAAUGUACUUAUGGUUUUCAUGUUCAUAACUCUGUUGUCAUGAACUUCUUUGUUUAAUAACAUGCAAAAAGCCUGUAAGUUUUUCAAGUGUGAUAGAUGCUUUAGAAUGAAAGAAGAGAUGCUGUCAGAAAAUUAUAAUCCUGUCAAAUUUUUGACUUUGUAGAUGAAAAGACUAAUGGAAAAAAACCGCAUGCCCCUGAAAGGGAGAAUGUCUUGAACAGUUGAUUAUACCUGUAAGGUAUUCUUCAGGUUAAACUGUUUUCUCUUCAGAAGAUACAAGUGUGUGUUUAACACUGAUUAAAAGAAGAAGAGUCUAAUUUGCAACUCAAGAUGCUGUUUCAUCCUUUGUUUUGUCAUCUUGGGCAGCAUUUACCACACUUCAUUGCAGUUACUGUGACAUAAUGCACAGAGAAAAAUUUUGAACUGUUUCUUACACUGCUUAUUGACUGUCUGUCUUGAGCUUUUGUUUUUUAAUAAAGAUAACUUGGACACAACA